UCUAUCAGCUGCUUUUGGCAGAUUAUGCUGGCUGGGCUGAUAAGAGCUCCCCCGCCAGGCAUCCCUAGAGUAAAAAUUCUCAUUAAUUCGCGAAAAGUGUCGUCACCGCAGCUUCUAAUUUUAUGUGUUCUACAUUCCUCUCACCAUAGGACGCGAACGGGACGAGCCCCCAACACCGACCGUGGCAAUGCUAGUUUUAUUCGAAAUAUUCUAGUGUUAUUAAAAUUCGUGCAAGAAAAAUAAUAACAAAGAAUUUCGUAUUUACGAGUAGGUAGUGGGUGAGCAGAUAGAGCACGGCACAACAGAAGAAUCGUGGAAGCGCGCACAAUCCAUUCAACCGACGUAGAUACCUAUCUAGCGGUACUACUAUUGAAACAGUCAAACAAUGAAGCAGUAAGCACACAGCUUGGCGCGCCCCGUCACAGAUUCCGCCGUAGACAUCUGCCACAAUCGAGUAGUGGAUUAGUGACAAAAGAGAAUCGUGAAUCUACUGGUGUUGAAUCGUGCGUAUUAGUGAAAAAGUGAAUUACCGCAUCGUAUGUUAUAUAAUUGUGUAAUAAGAAGUAGAAUAUUCUCUAUUGGAUCCGAGUGGUGCGCAUGAAUAGGCCAAUUAAUUGUUGAACGUGAUUCCAAGCUGUGUAGCGAAUCGGCUAUGAGAUUAGCUUGGCAUCAGCCACAGGUGCAAAAUCCGAACAAAACGAUGAAAACAUUGAAUUACCAGCGGAAACAAACGAACUGCCGAGUGGUAUGCUGAUUCGACGGGGACAAAUGCCUCGAACCGUGUAGAUAUUUGGCAACAAACACGACGACGACGCCAUCCGGUGGUGGCCGUGGUUCUGGUUCUAAAUUUAUUCAGUCGCACAAAUCGAACGCGCGAAACAAAUUAUUCUGCAGUUUAAAAAAUCGUCGCAAAAUUCCUUCCUCGAGCGAAACGACCACCCAAGCGAUGGCCGUGGUGCGAGCCGGAACGGUCGAUCUGGACGAUGCCCGGGGGAGCUCCGGGGUGAUGUGUUGGCGGGAAUUCGCCUGCGGAUGGGGAGCCGCUUUCGUUAACAUCACGGUCACCUAUCCCAUCUACAAGACGAUCUUCCGGCAGAUGCUGCACGGGGUUCAUCUAAAUCAAGCCUUUGGACAGAUCCGAAGCGAAGGUAUUACCUACCUGUACCGGGGAAUUUUCCCGCCGUUGGCGCAGAAAACGAUUUCCCUGUCGCUGAUGUUCGGAGUGUACGACGGGACCAAACGGCCGCUGGUGGAUUACUUCGGGAUGAAUGAGUACGCGGCCAAAUCUGUUGCAGCUAUUGCGGCCGGGUCGGUGGAAGCUGUGCUGAUGCCGUUCGAACGGGUCCAAACCUUGCUGGCUGAUGCGACGUACCAUCAGAAGUACGAGAACACUCACCAUGCUUUUAGACUGAUACUAAUCGAGCAAGGUUUCAAAGAGCUGUAUCGCGGUUUAGUGCCAAUCCUGUGGCGAAAUGGGCCCUCAAAUGCGAUGUUCUUCAUCAUGCGAGAGGAAGCCGAUGAACGCCUACCCAAAAGGAGUACAGUGAUCGCCCAGCGUACGCAGGAGUUCUUGUCCGGUGCCUGCAUAGGGGGCUUCAUCAGUUCCGUGUUCUACCCCAUCAAUGUGCUCAAGGUGACGAUGCAGAGUCGGAUAGGUGGCCCCUACGACAGCAUGUGGACCGCUCUCCGGCAGGUCUACAACGAGCGGGACCGCAAGCUGCGCAAUGUCUACAAGGGCGUAAGUAUGAACUGUACCAGGGCAUUUUUCAGUUGGGGCAUCGUGAACAGUGCCUACGAGCAGCUAAAAAAGGUUUUCUACUGAUCGGCGCACCCGAUCGAAGUAGGAUGUCGGCGGUCGACAACGCGACAAUAAAGAAAACUCCUAAGGUUUAUUUUCGAUGGGAAAGUCGAUUGUGAUGUAAAUAUGUAGGUACACCUAGUAGCAUGAUCUUUGAACAUUUAAAAAAAAACCAAAAAAAAGUGUUAUUAGUUCGAUUGAGGUAGCCAAAUAAUAGUACGUCUAGUCUAGGGCAAAUACCGAAAAACGAUACGAACAACAAUUCUUUUCUCAUAUGGACCACAAACACACUCACACACUGAUACACACACAAACCAAAUAUUAAUUGAGGCUGAACUUUAGCGUAAAUAGCUGAAUUUCAGCAAAACGUUAUCGAUGAUCAUUCGAAGGAUCAUAGGAAUUUUGCUUAAAUUCAGCAAUUUUGUUGAUAUCAGCAAUUUGGGGUGUAUACACGCACGCUUGAGAAUGGGACCUUCAUUCUCGUCAUGUACUCUUAGGGAUGAAUACCAUGUUAGCUCAAAUCUCCCAUUUUGUCGGAGCUAAUUUAUGAAUCCAGAUUCGUUCGUUUGUUAACACGUGGUCCCAGUUAAUUGUUGAACCCUGGAUGAAUGAGAUAUUGCCAGUUGCAUUUAAAUGUGCUUGUAUUCACAUUGUCGUCACAUUCUAGAUCCAAUUAUAGUCCACCAUUCAGUGUAAUCGUCCCUAAAGUGAAGUUUUUCCGUGUAAAUAUAUGUCCUCCAACUAAUCGAUAGUGUAAAUAUAAUUCUGUAUAGGCUACAUUCAAUCAAAUCGAACUGUUUACAAAUGAAUGUGGUGAGUUUAGCCGCGGGGAAAUGAAAAACUUGUAAGUACACGAACGGUGCUGAAAGCAGAAAUCAUUUAAAUAUACCUGUUAUACCAAGCCAAGAGAGAUGAAGGAAAAGGCACAUAUACCAGUUAAACACGAUGGAUAUUUCUCGCAGUGAA